AUGAGCUCGUAUGCCUCACACCCCCAAGACUCUGCAGGCUAUAGCACACCCAACACCAUGACGGGCGAAGCGUCUUCGUCACGGACGCGCACCGACUCUGUUUCAUCCCAGCAUCUCUCUCGUAGCACUGUUCUUGACGUUUCUCCACCACGGCACGAUGACCACAUCAAGCCGACAUCCGAUUCAGCAUGCAUCCCGGCCGAACUGACGCCCGCAGCGUCGGAACAGGUCACCACCAUCGACUCCUCCGCCGCGGAGCGCGAUCUCGAAAAGGUGCCUCAGGCGGAUCCAUCAACACUCAAAGCGUCAGCCGACGACGAUGUGAUCUGGGUCGACUUCCCGCCGGGCGACCCGGAGAAUCCGUUCAACUUCAGCAAGACGCGCAAGUGGUGCAUCACCAUCCUCGGCGUGCUGUUCACCGCCGAAGUGGCGGCGACCGCAUCCGCCUAUGUCCCUGGCAUUCCGUCGAUGGAGCGCGAUCUGGGAAUCACCGACCACGAGCUGUCGCUUCUCGGCAUCGCCAUCUACCCGCUAGGAUUUGCAUUGCCGCCUCUCGUCCUGGCGCCACUAUCCGAGGUGUUUGGGCGAAAUCCGAUGUACCUGGUGUGCCACCUGUGCUACACCGUCCUCUUCGUCGGGUUAGGCUUCGCGAACAACACCGCCACAGUCAUCAUCCUGCGCUUCCUUCAGGGCGGCAUGGGCAGCACCGGCUCCACCAUGGUCGGCGGCACCAUCGCCGAUAUUUGGAACAGCAGCGAGCGCGGGCAACCGAUGGCCUUGUUCGCAACGGCAGCGAUCUUCGGUACGGGCAUUGGGCCUGUUUGGGCCGGUUGGGUUGAGCAGAAUCAGAGACUGGGGUGGCGCUGGAUUCAGCACAUUCAGGCGAUCUAUACCGGGUUCAUCCUGAUUCUUCUGCUGCUGUUUCUGCGAGAGACGAGGGGAAGCAUCAUUCUCACACGGCGCGCGGCGAAACUGCGUAAGACCACGGGCGAUUCGCGAUACAAGGCAAGAGCCGAACUCGAGCGUGCGAGUAUAAGCGUUCUGAUCAGCAAUUCGCUAACGAGACCAUUGGUGUUCCUCGUCAAGGAGCCAAUCGUCACCUUCUUCAGCCUAUGGAUCUCCUUCACCUGGGGCUUCAUGUACAUGCUUCUCAGCUCGAUUGGACUCAUCACCGCUCAACACAACUACACUCCCGGAGAGACCGGCUUGGUCUUCCUCGCCAUCGCUGGGGCUGGUAUCAUCGGCAAUCUCCUGAACCCCAUCCAGGAGCGCUUGUACCGCAAGAACUUCCCCACACGCGGCCCCGAGGCGCGAUUGUACUUUGCUAUGAUCGGCGCCGUCGGCUUCCCUGUCGGCUGCUUCAUCUAUGCCUGGACCAGCUUCCCCAACGUCUCCAUGGCUGGUCCCAUCGUUGGCGUCCUCACUACGAUGGUCUCGAUUUUUUUUCUCUACCUCGCUGUGUUUAACUAUCUUGCUGAUGCAUACCUAGUGUAUGCGUCAUCGGCGUUGGCAGCGCAGAGCUUCGCAAGGAACAUCUUUGGGUUCAUCUUCCCGCUGUUCGUCGAAAAGCUCUAUAGAAAUCUCGGAUAUCAGUGGGCGAGCACGCUCUCGGCGUUGUUGGGAGCAGUGCUGGGCGUCGUGCCCUUCGUACUGUUCUUCUACGGGAAACAGAUUCGCGCCAGGAGCAAGAUCAGUCAGGCGCUUCAAAGACAGGCUCUCGAGCAGGAGGAGAAGGAGGAGAAAGGCAAGGCGUAG